AUGAGCAUAAUCCCCCGUACCAUCCUUCGUUCAGCUCGAGCUUCAGCUUCAGCAGCUGCUUCUUCAUCACGAAUCAUCCUAUCUCGACCUCUAUCAACCUCGAGGACUGUUUUCGCCGAAGCCGAAUCAUCGUCGUCAGCUGCACCUGUAUCGCCUAAGAUCGCUCCUAUCGUAGACCAAAUUUCCGGAUUGACGUUGUUGGAAGUCUCAGAAUUGGUUACUGCUCUCAAGACCAAAUUGAACAUAACAGAAAUCGCUUUACCAGCAGCUUCAUCAGCUCCUGCGGCAUCAGCAGCAUCAGCCGAUUCAGCCGAACCAGCAGAGGAGAAGCCAAAGGAAAAGACAAUUUUUACUGUCAAACUUGAAAAAUUCGAUGCUACAGCUAAAGCAAAGAUUAUUAGAGAAGUAAAAGCCAUUAUGCCUAAUAUGAACUUGGUAGAGGCAAAGAAAUUCGUCGAAUCAGUCCCUCAAACUAUCAAAGAGAACUUACCUAAAGAAGAUGCGGAGAAAUUGAAAAAGACAUUAGAGGCCCUUGGAGCAACUGUUUCUCUCGUGUAG